AUAACCUUGACGGCGAGUCGAUGAGAAUGAUAACUUCGAUCCCCAUGGAUGCAGACGCUGUCCCCUAUGCAUCUCUACCGGCUUGGCUGGACAAGUUUGGAAUGGCUGGAGCAGACCGCACCCUAAAUAUCUCAAGAUCAAACUUGCAAAUGCUCUGGCAAGGGCCACAUAGAUGGAAUUUUUUCAUCAGGUCUCGCUUUGGACCUGGAGACUGCGGAAUCGAGCUCAUAUUGCUGUUCUUGAAGCGUCAGCAGCAGUGGCUUCCCGUUCCGAUAGCCAUCCCAGACGACUGGAAGACUUCAGGUGGAUCAUUGCUUGAUGCAACCCUCACUGCUGCUUUAACAGAGUAUCUGAACAAACAACUCCAUGACUAUGUCGAAUUCAAGCCCAGGGAGAGCAUCUCAGACAUAGCUUACCCACAUGCAAAAAUAACUCUCCACGAGAUUCGAGACCCCACGCUGAAAAUAUAUGACAUCAGAUGGAUGCUCUUCAAGCUUUUUUCCAAAUGCGACGCCGACAGGUACAUCGGAUUUCACGAGCAUCUCCCAGGUUCACUGUUCUCGUUCGUGCUUCCUUCAGUUUGCUAUCAAAUUCCAGGCUGCGAUGUCAUCCGUUUCACUCCAAUUGCUUUGCCAAUCUACUGUGCAGGUUUUGGGUCCUCGGUCCGCUUGGACUUUGCUUGCACACCUUCGAAGUGCAUGCUCCCGAACGGCCUUCCGGGGGGUUUUUCGCCAGUCUUGUUUGCGGUGGACUACGUUGACUCUAUUCCCGAUCUCACAAGGCAUGAGAUCGAACCGGAUCAACCGUCAGAAGGGAGCUACGCAUUCCCGGAUCGAUCCCAUGGAAUUGUCAAGCUUGCGAAGAUAUUCGAACCGGCCUUGCAACUUCUUGUGACGUAUAUCGUGAAGAAAUAUCAAGCACCCGAUGGCCAGUGGAUACCAGAAUGGAACCCUCUAAGAUCUGAAAUCCCUCACUUGCGACCUGAUCUUCCGGAAGACUUAUUCUUUUACGCGAUAAAUCACUCAAAGUCCGAUUGUAUGGUGUACGCUUUCUUCCCUCGAUACAGCGUAACGCCGUCUGGCCGCGUUGAGUGGGGGUUCUGUUGUUCUGAAGCAUAUCGAUUGCCAUCGCUUAUCGCCUCGGCUUCGAUGAGGGAUCGCAUGAGGGUGGUCAAGACAUUGCUGAGGGUCCAAAGACACACUGUUCGCAUAACCGAGGUAUUUACGGAGCUGUCGCGUGCGUAUAUGGCAUAUUAAAGAACUGUCAUGUCUGUCGUCUGUCUUAAUUGUAUUAUCCUUGCCGC